CCCAACCGCCGGCCACCUCAGCAAAUUGCGAUCGUUUUCGAACCGUUUUCGAAUCAUUUUCGAGUAGAUAUCCGUUUUUUUUUUUGCGUUUCAAGCCCGUUUUUUUCUGUGCCGCAUUUUCUGAGCUUCGAACAUGUCGUUCCUGGGCAACACAUCCGAUCUGGAGUGCGAAAAGAACGAGUUCCCGAGGCAGCGACCCUCGGGCAUCAUCACCAAGGUGGCCGCCCACAAGCUCUCCGCGGAGCCCAAGUGGACGGACAAGCGGGAGGAUGACUCCGACUCGGAGGUCUCGUCGCCGGAUAACUUCCUGACCAAAGGCGCCUUCCUACUGACCCCAUCCUACGAGUUGUCCAUGGAGCGGGCGGCCCUCAUCUGCGAGAAGAUGGCAUUCAAGGGAUGCUUCAGCUUGACCAAAACCGCUACAGGCAUUCUAUUUAAAUUCUCACACCCAGAUGACUAUCAGGCGGUGUUCAAGAAGGGCUUCCACAAGGUCACCGGGGCGCGAUUCUACCGCAAGCAAACAUUCUCGCGCAGCAUUGCCAUACCGUGUCGGCCGAGGAAGACCUUCACCCUGUACGUGCUGGAUGUGCCCGAGGAUCUGCCCGUGGAGGACAUCCGGCAUGCCAUGUACAAGUUCGACUCGGUGGUGGAGGUGGUGCGCCUGCACAUCUACUCGAGCCUCGCCAGCAAUGCCGCCAACGCCACCUCCUCCUCCGCCGUCGCCGCCAGCAGCUCCUCCGGCGGCGGUGAUAAGGGCGUCGAAGGUGAGCAGAUCCAGCUGCUGCACACGCCAACCCAGACGCUGCGCCGAGCGGCACUCCGAAGCGUCUCCAAGAGCGUGGGUUCUGUGGUGGGCGAUGCCAUCGAGAAGGCCGAGCGUCCUGAGCGCAGAGAACUGCCUCCAGCCGUCAUCCGGGUCACCCUGGCCUCCAUGGAUGAGUACAACAUCCUGUUGCAGAACGGACUCAACUUCUACGAUGCCACGUUCUUUCCCACUGAGGCCAACAUCUCGCUGAAGGGCGCCAAGAUCGAUUAUAAGCGCAGAAUGCUCGAUGGCUCGAUUCCCGGACGGGUGAGGGAACUGCUGCCCGUAUUCGACGCGGCUGGCUUCUGCAAGCUGCCACCGCCCACCAGCAAGCUAAUUAAGCCGCCGAGGUCGUAGAUGCCAUACGAUGCGAUUACGAUUACGAUGACAACGCGUUCCGGCCAAAUACACGGGCCCCCAUGACGACCACACUCCGGAUUCGGUACUACCCAGUUUAAAUUACCCUACUUUGAUGUAUACUACAUACUACAUAAUGCUGUUUUCAACGGAUGCCAACGUUUCCGCUCGAUCCGCCGAUCCGAUCCAAUUCGAUCCAUAAUAAUUCCUCUUUUGGCUACCAUCUAUGUUUUUGUUGCCUUCUCCCAUCUAUCUAUCUGUCUAUCUGUCUCUCUCCCCUGUGAACUUUUCAACCUUCUUCGCUCUGUUUUUUUUUUUUUGCUAGUUUUAUUAUUAAAGGCCCAUAUAAGGCGUAGCGUCUAAUUCGUUUGAUUGUCUAACAAUGAA